AUGUCGCUUCAUACAUCGUACCAUAUGGACUCUGAUGCCGAUGACGAGUACGAACGCAGCGUGAUCACGUCCCCUCACCUUGCGACUGACUCCGAGGCUUCUCCUUCCGACUCCGAAUUCCCCUCCGCCGAGCAUACACCCAAAACAUUCGCGAUUCCCGGAGACGAUCCUCGAUCGCCUAGAACCAUCAUCUCAGAAUGGACGGCCGAGGAAUGCGCUAACUGGCUGGCCGCACUGGGCCUCCGUCAGUACUGCGCAACCUUUCUAGAAAACGAAAUCGUUGGAGAAGCACUCAUUGCACUAAAACACGAGGAACUCAAGGAAAUGGGAAUCACCAGUGUGGGCCACCGGCUGACGAUCCUGAAGAGCGUAUAUGAGACCAAAGUCAAGCAGGAGAUCCCACUUGACCCUGAUCACUACAUACCUCUUACGGCGGACCAGAGCAUGAACGAAAAUGCGACCCAGGAGGAUGUUGCUCGUUUAAUCCUAUCUAUCCGGUUACGAGACGAAAAAAUCGUCAGCGUUGAGGCGGAAAUGCGGCGUGUUGCCGAAGAAUAUCGCCGAUUAAGAGAAGAGCUCCUCCCGGUCUUUAAGAUGGCCAAGGACCGAUCACAACCGCUACCCCCUCCAUCGUCCUCCGGCUCCGCACAUGAUGGACACUACGACGGUCAAACUUUGAUCUCGCCUCCUCCCACCACCGCCAGUACCACUUCUACUCUCAUUGAGCGUGCAGCGUCCGGUAUCUCCCGGACGUUCUCCAAACGUUACAAUGGUGGCACAACACCGAAGAACAAUUCACCUACCUAUAUCCCACCAUCCAUCCACGAAGGACGACCGUAUAAUGACGGCAGUAGUCUCGAUCCGUCUGCUGCUGGCAACUCGCACUUGAGUGCCCUCAAUGGCAAGCCACAGUUGUCGCCGGGCAUACCGUCACCGACCUCGCCGGGUGCUCACUAUGGUGCGCACCAGACUCUCGCGUCACGAUCUUACACACAACCGAAUUCAAGCCGCACAAUCCACGAUCAUGCAGAAGAUACCCCGACAAUACAAUCGCGACCUGAUCGUUUAUUGAACCCCACACCGACCCAAACAUUGCGUUCGGACGUGCCCACACGAUCCGACUCCAGAGCCGGUGCUGAUACACCCAGCGUUGAGAUCUUCAAAUCAUUCCGCGUCUCCAUGGAUGACCCGUGCCACAAGGUUCUCCCUGCUGCACUCAAGAAGUACAAUAUCAACGCGGACUGGAAACAAUACGCAUUGUAUAUCGUGUACGGCGAUCAAGAACGAUGUUUGGGACUCGAGGAGAGGCCGCUCAUCCUGUUCAAGCAACUUGAGAAGGAGGGACGUAAACCUAUGUUCAUGUUACGAAAACAGCUGCAUCCAAUUGAAAACACAUAUGCCAGUGGGGGAUCUGCCCCCAACAGCGCCGGAUUCGAGGGCCGACAAGGCCAGAUCAACCUACCUGGCGGCGUGCUGUGA